ACAGGUGGAGAACGACCUGGAAUAAUCAAAACGAAAGAAAACCGGAGUCAAUCGCGAAUAAAUCUCUACAAGAGAGCCUAGCAAAGAUGGAAAAGAUUACAGACAAGAUAGCCGCUCUGCCGGUCGAUUCAAACUAUUUCUCGCUCGAAUUCUUCCCUCCCAAAACCCCAAUGGGAUUUUCGAAUCUACGCGACCGUCUUGAUCGAAUGGCAAGAGCCUUGCGACCAUUAUUCGUGAAUGUGACGUAUGGUGCCGGAGGCUCUACUGCCACCAAGUCACUCGAACUAGCCGAGAUAUGUCAGAGGGAACUAAAUCUGACAACAUGUCUUCACUUGACCUGCACGAACAUGAGCCGGAAGCUGAUCGAUAGAACGUUGGAGGAUGCGAAGGCAUUGGGUAUCAGGAAUAUCCUUGCGCUCAGAGGCGACCCCCCGAGAGCUGCUGAAUACCAAGACCCCAAUGAAGAUCCUGAGGAUGCCAUAGAUGAGAACUUCAUAUGGGCCAUUGAUUUGGUCCGAUAUAUAAAGAAAACCCACGGCGACUACUUCUGUAUUGGCGUUGCGGCAUAUCCCGAGGGUCAUGCCGACGAGAGCCAUCCUUCAGGACAGAGCUUGGAGCAUGAUCUUCCAUACCUUGUUGAAAAGGCGCUUGCGGGAGCUGAUUUCCUCAUGACCCAAUUGUUCUUCGACACAGACGCAUACGACAGGUUUAUACGGACCUUGAGGGAACACUCCAGCGGUGCCUUCAAAACGAUUCCCAUUAUUCCUGGUCUGAUGCCCAUCCAGAGCUAUCAAAUGAUCAAACGGACGACAAAGCUUAGCCAUGCUAGGAUACCCGAUUCGAUAAUGUCUCGAUUAGAUGCAGUGAAGAUGGACGACGAAAAGGUCAAGAACGUCGGUGUAGAUAUCCUGUGUGAGAUUGUCGAAAGGGUCAAAGAGAUCGCGAGUCGGACGCCAGGCCCCAGGGGUUUCCACUUUUAUACCCUAAAUCUGGAAAAGGCCGUAUCUUUCAUUGUCGAAAAGACAGAGCUCAUACUGCCAAGCACUCUUAUAGAGGAAGAAACCGUCAUCGAAGACAUCACAGCCAAGAUCCCGGCGCUCAAGGUCAAUGGUUCAGAUCACGAUCACACGUCCCACAUCAGAGACAAGUCGCAAAGUCGAAGACAGUCCAAUGUUAGUUCGGAGCACCGCAACCGGGUCAUUGUAUCCGAUCGACCAGUAUCGCAUCCAGAAUACGAGACCACGUCCGCAGAGGCAACCAGACCGACAGAGCCGAUUAACAGCCGAUCUAAUACAUUGGCCAUAUCGGAAGGGGAAGGUGUACUUGGCCGAGAAGCCACGUGGGACGACUUUCCCAACGGUAGAUGGGGUGACGCUAGAUCGCCGGCGUACGGUGAGAUCGAUGGGUACGGGCCUAGUUUGCACGUAUCCCACGCUCAAGCCGUCAGCCUCUGGGGCUACCCCACGAAACGGGAGGAUAUUAACGACCUCAUCGUACGACAUCUGAAAGGGGAACUUAGCGCCAUCCCCUGGAGCGAAGAGGAAUUCAGAGAGGAGACCGGGACCAUCACUAACCAUUUGAUACGGCUCAACUCGAAGGGUUGGUGGACGGUCGCAUCGCAACCCGCGGUAAAUGGUCUACGCUCGUCAGACCCCGUCUUCGGCUGGGGCCCGCAGCACGGGUUCGUAUUCCAGAAGGCAUUUGUCGAGUUUUUCAUCCCGUCCGCGGAGUGGAAGGUGCUCCUCGAGAAACUCCAGAGCUCCGAGGUCCAGGACACGGUGUGCUUCUACGCAACUAACGCGGCCGGUGAUUAUACAUCCUCAGACCAGACUGGCGACACAGCAGGCGAGGGCCAAGAGCCGAGCACGAACGCGGUCACGUGGGGCGUGUUCCCCGGCAAGGAGAUCAUCACCCCCACCAUCAUAGAAGAAGUCAGCUUCCGGGCCUGGAGCGAGGAGGCCUUCGGCAUCUUUGGCGAGUGGGCACAGGUCUACGGAAAAGGGUCCGAAAGCGAAAAGUUGCUGGAGAAUGCUAAGGCCGACUCGUGGUUGGUCAAUAUCAUACACCAUGAUUACGUUGAGAAAGACGCCUUGUGGGAUCUGCUGUUGAGCUAGGCUAGGUAUAUAGAUAGAUAGAUAUCUAGGUACUUGAGUAGGUCGAUAGACUGGCCCAGGUGAAUAAAAAGGAUUGCUUAGAUUAAACUGGACUGGACUGGAUUGGAUUGGCGUGUAAAAAGGAAUGAGUGAUGAAGGAUGGUAUUGAUGUAGUUUAGUAGCUUUCUAGACUCUCCUCGUAAUU